AUGUUCCAGCCAUACGACGAAAAUCACGACACAGACAACUAUUCUAAUAGUCCGAUGUCAGACAACUCAAAUCCCGAAGACUUCGAUGGCAUUGAAGACUUGAAAGACCAGCACAACUUGCAUAAUGAACCUACAUUCCAUCUCGAGGACACCACUGCUUUGUCUCAUGUCGAUGUCACAAAAUCAAGCGAACUCGAUCAGAGUCUGCUUUCAUACGGAACAAAUUUUGAACAACUGGCAAACAAGGACCCAGUGUAUAAACGCAUCCUGCAGAUUGUUCAAGAAUACGCCACUGAGCCAGACACCAUUGUGUAUGCCAAGGUCAAUUCGGUCAAGCUGGCCACCAUCAACGAAGCAAAAGCCAGCAACCUCGUAGAUGCAGAGCUCUCAUCCAUGAUGGAGGCCGUUGGUCUUGCCCAACGCUGCAAGACUGCAAGACGCAAUGCACAAAACAAAGAAGAAGAAAUCAUUCGCGAUUGUAUCGAUCAGAUUCACUGGCUCAACAGAAAGAGGAGGCUGCAGCACAAAGUGGCUGGCAUGCUCAGAGCAAUCAUCAAGGCCUCGGACUACACCAUCCCCGGUAACGUCAAGAGAGUACAGAUCGAUGAUCUCUUUGGAUUUCUUUACGCCAUAACUUCGGACAUCUAUUACAAAGACACUUUGUUAGCCGCAACAACCCAGAAUAUGCCCUCGAAUGGUCAUGUCACCGCCACAAACUCGGACUCGAAAACAGAAUCCAGGCCUCUCAAGCAUAUACCUCAUGCAGGAUCUCGUUUUGGUAUCAAUCUCAUCACACACCUGACCCUCGUCGGUGGCCUACCCAUGCAUGUCGAGAAGUUCUAUACCACCGACAAAGCCACGUUCUCUGAAGUCAUGCGCAAGAUCUCGAGUUCCCUUGAAAGCAGCCAAAGUCAUCACCGCAAGCGCUUGGGAUUCUUGACCCAAAACCAGAGAAAACAUGGAAAUUGGCUCUUUCAAAUCGCCCCGGACUUCGAAUCGCUCAACCUGGGAUACGCAGCCUGGAAGAUCUUCGAUGCACCCAGCUUGAAGCUAAUGCCCACGGUUCAAGAAAAACAGGUUUUCAUGAUACAUGAGUACCACUUGAGUAUGCCUGCCCGCAUCAAAGAGAAGGUCAGGAGCAGCCCCAGGCUGUGGAACACAUGGAGCCUGCUGGACAGUCCCACUUUAACCUCACCUCCUGCGCCCGAGUUUGUGCCUUGCUACAACGACAUGAUCGUUGCACCCUUUGAAAUGGAGAUGACUGCUCUAAGAAGUGCUCUCCCCAAUCCUCAGGCCAAAACUCGCACUGCAGAGCAGCAGAAGGCGGGCAAGAAGGAGAGAAGGAAGAAAAGAGUUAGGCAAAAGAAGAACAAGGGCAAGAACAAGGACAUAAGCAAGCCAGCAACUUUCCAGCUCGCUUUCAGAUAG